AGCGGUGUGCUCCCUAGUCAACGCCCGUGUAUAUCGACUCUGUCCAUACAUCGUCCCGCCGCUCAUGUUGUAGACGAUGGGGAGCUAUGGUGUAAGAUGAUGUUCAUGACAUCCCUGAGUAUUGGAAGUCUGUGGUGUGUACAUUUUCCUGCUGCUUGGCACCGGGUGUCUUUGAAAGAGUUGCAGGAACUGUUUCCCUUCUCGACUGCAAUUGAUGAUAUCCUGCCUUCCGCGUCGCUGGGAAAUGUAUUCAGGAAAUGUGGGGGAUUCCAUUUACAAGAUAACAAAGGUGGAGUUUCGGCGAUUCAGCGAACAGGUUCGAGAUGUGAGCAUGAACUUGAAGAACCGCUUCCGUUCUUCUACCUAUCAGAAGUUGUACAGUUCUGGAAAACCUGGAGGAGGAGGGGGUGGUGCUGGAGGAGCAGGAGGGACGGGGACAGUCUGAACCAGGUGUAUCACAGCCACCUGGCCGCUAGCCUCAAGGCCUUCCAACACAAACAGUGGUUGCCUCUCAAACAUGACGAGUUCGAGCCCACAGUCACCCGAUGCAGGCCCAUCAGUGGAAGGGCCGACAGGCGACCUCCUUCAAGUCGACCAUCAAGCGCUGUGCCAAGGCCCCCUCAGCGGCCGCGUUCUGUGCCACCUGGGGCUUAUCGCCCCUCCAAUGGGCUGAGGACAAGUGAGACCCCUGAUGUAACACCGGGGAAUUUCGAUACCCUAAGCCCCAACGUCCUGGCGGACCUCCUAGGGAAAAGCAGCAUCACGCCGCACAGCUUUGGGGACCGAGUUAAAGAUGAUGAUAUGAGCACCAGUGGGAUAGACAGUCCUAACUCUGAUAACGACGAUUCUUCGUCUGAUUCUGAGCGCGAGCCCGAGCCACCUGUAGACAGCAACAGACCGGUGCCCCAACUACAACUGCGACCAGAAAAGUUGGAUGCCAUCUAUGUGCCCGAGGAUCGGAAGGAUAGACGUAGGUUCGACUUUGACGCCGAGCACGUUGACAUUCCUCCUUACGAGUUUGAAUCGACCUUGCCUGAGCCGUUUGGUCGUUUAGAUCUGAAGGUGAUAGCCCGGCAGAAAUACGACUGGCGUGACAUACUGUCUGUGAGGCCCAAGGCCAAAGUCGUGGAGACCAUUCUUGACCGCUUAAUAGACAUUGAGAAACUUCAAAGUGAAACGGUCGAAUGGGAGACUAAGAGAUUGCGACAGAGGGCCAAACAAAGAGUCCCAAGUGCUAAGCCACGUGACAGACGGUGCUGUAACACCUGCCUUCAGCCUGCAUGUGUUGGAGACUGUCCUGAGAAGGCACUGCAACCAAAUACCUGUACCCUGUGCCGCCAGCAAUUAUGUACCGGAAGUUGUCAUGACAACAGGUACGAGUCCUACACGAGGCAAGUUCAUCAAGAAGAACAGAUAGAAUCAUUUCUCUGUAAUCCAGUGCCCCGUAUAUGCAUUACCUGCCAGAAAAAACAUAAUGCUAAACUCAUAAACGCAAACAACGCAAUCUUAAGACGGCCUAAGUCAGGCAACACAACCUACAGUCGUGGACGUAGUUCCGUCAAACCCCGUGACCUGCGACCUCGCUCUGUAACCGACGUGACUUCUGAAAUCAUCAAAGACAUUGAGAAGCUUGGUGUGGAGCCCGUACAGCCGAAUCGGCCAAAUACGGGCAAGUACUACAGGCCAAGGAGCAGGAACUCACUGCUGCCAGGGAAAUCCUACUUCUCCAACAGAAAGGACUCACUUACUGAACUUGAAAAGGCGAGAAAAAGGAAACUUAGAUCUCUCCGUGUAAAGCGACCUAAAAGUGUCGUUUGAUGUUUACUGUCCUUAGGUCGCACACGUACAUUGUUAUAGUUUGUUUUAACUUAUGCGCUUUAUGUUAAAACUUGAUAUUGCCAAUUUAAAUAAACUGCUUCUUGUCAAUUUCUAAAUAAACAGUAAUUAGUUUACAGAAAAUAUUGUCAGUGUUUAGAUGAUAUACUGUUUAAUAAGCAGAUUCUGAACUUGCCAUUAUACAUACCAAAACAGAUAGUCUAGACU